UCCAUCACUCCACCCUCACUCCACCACCCCACUCCCUCUCACUCCCCCGCAGCUAAACCUCCUCCCCCAUCCCCCCACCCCCGCGCGCGCCGCCGCCAGCAGCGCGCGGCCAUGACGGGCCGCCGCCGCGUCCUCCUCGCGCUGGCGCUGCUGCUCGCCGUCGCGCUCGCGCCGUCGCCGGCCGCGUCCCAGCAGCGGCCGCCGCUCGACCCGCCGCCGUCCUGGGCGUUCCCCAACCCGCGCCUCCGGGCCGCCUACGUCGCGCUGCAGACCUGGCGCCGCACCGCCAUCUUCUCCGACCCGACCAACUUCACCGCCAACUGGUCGGGCCCCGACGUCUGCGCCUACAACGGCGUCUUCUGCGCGCCACACCCGGCCGACGGCGGCGUGGUCGUCGUCGCCGGGAUCGACCUCAACCGCGCCGACCUCGCCGGCUACAUCCCGGACUCGCUCCCCGCGGGCCUCCCCGACCUCGCGCUGCUCCACCUCAACUCCAACCGCUUCUGCGGCGUGCUCCCGGACACCUUCCUCCACCUCCGCCUCCUCCACGAGCUCGACAUCAGCAACAACCGCUUCGUCGGCGGCUUCCCGGAGGUCGUGCUCCAGCUGCCCUCGCUCCGCUACCUCGACCUCAGGUUCAACGAGUUCGAGGGCGCCAUCCCGCCCGCGCUCUUCGACCGCCCGCUCGACGCCAUCUUCCUCAACUCCAAUCGCCUCACGCGCCCCAUCCCGCCCAACCUCGGCAACUCGCCGGCCUCCGUGCUCGUGCUCGCGCACAACAGGCUCGGGGGGUGCAUCCCGCCGUCGAUUGGGAGGAUGGCCGAGACGCUCAACGAGAUCCUGCUCAUCGACGACGACCUCAACGGCUGCAUCCCGCCGCAGGUCGGGAUGCUCAGGAAGGUGACCGUGUUCGACGUCAGCGGCAACCGCCUGCAGGGCCAGCUCCCGGCCACCGUCACUGGGUUGGCGGCCGUCCAGGAGCUCAACGUCGCCGGGAAUCUCUUGGAGGGCGCGGUGCCCGCCAGCGUCUGCGGCCUGCCGAGCCUCAGGAACUUCACCUACGACGACAACUUCUUCACUAAUCGGCCGGGAUGCGCCGUGGCGACGGCGGACGGCAGGUGGAACUGCAUCCCCGGCGCUCCCGCGCAGCGCCCGCCGGCACAGUGCGCCGCGGCGGCAGCCCGCCCGUUCGACUGCAGCAAGUCGCAGUGUCAGGCAUCAGCAGUGCCAAGCCCAGGCAGGGGAUCGCACGGAGGCCGCAAGCCGCCCACUCCGAGGGGUGGGCCGUCGAGGGGGCAUCGUAGACUGUCGCCGCCACCGCCGGGCUCGUUUACGCCGCCGGGCUCGUCCACCCCAUCGUCCCCGCCCGGUGGCUCCACAACGCCAGGAACGGCGGCGCCGCCACCACCCACCCACAGCGAGAGCCCCAGGCACGCAAUGCCGCCCUCGUCCCUACCGCCAUCCCAGGGCUUCUCGCCUCCGUCGUCCGGCAACCAGCCGCCGUCCGCGUCUUCACCGUCAAGCCACCAACCCACAACACCUCCCCCCGGGUACGCCCCUCCGGCCCUCACGCCGCCGACCGCCCCGACGCCAUCCUCGCCGCUGCCGCUCCCAGCCCCUGGACCCUGGACGCCACCCCCUCCACCAGGCGGCGAAGGCGGAGCGCCAUCCUCUCCACCAGGCGGCGAAGGCGGAGCGCCAUCCUCUCCACCUGGCGGCGAAGGCGGAGGGCCAUCCUCUCCACCAAGCGGCGGAGGCGGGAUGCCGCCGGUGCACGGCAUGCCAUACUCGUCCCCACCGCCACCUACGGUGCCGCUGCCACCAGUCCAGGGCGUGUCCUACUCGUCGCCGCCGCCCCCGCUCCUCCCGCCCGUCUACGGGGUGUCCUACUCGUCGCCGCCGCCUCCAAUGCCGCCGGUCUACGGGGUGGCGUACGGCUCGCCGCCGCCACCGGCGGGGCCGUAGAAGUAGCCGCUAGUUAGCCGCAGGCUGAUCGAUCGGCCCGGUCGCCGCCUCCACGGCCGGAUCGCUCGUCGUCAGCCAGCCAGCCAGUCCGUCGUUCGUCACCAGUACAUCAUCACAUCGAUCUCCCUCCCUGUAGCUUCUUCUUCAACGCUCUUCUAUAUUUUGUGCACUCCGUUGUCUAUUUGUUAUGUCGUUAUUUGAUCAGAAUUAAAUUCCAUGGCUCCCUGGUGGAUUCUUUCA